CUCAACUUAGUCAGACUACAUUUGAAUGUAUCCUGAUGAAUAUUCAUAGUAAAAGUUGCCGCUGAGCCGGCAGAAGGAAGAGGUGGAGCAGCAUCUGAAAGAAUCUAAAAGUGAAACUUAAAGCGAGUUUCUCUUCAAAAGUGCAUCAAACUGUGCUCAUCCAGCCUUUCUCAGCAGCACAGCAGAGCUUCUGUCCAACACUGGGUGCUGACAUGUCUGCUGCCAGCUGUCUUCUAUCUGAAGAUCAGUUUCUGUGCUCCAUCUGUUGGGAUGUCUUCACUGAUCCAGUCUCCACACCAUGUGGACACAACUUCUGCAAAAACUGCAUCAGUCAACACUGGGAUAUCAGUGAGAAGUGUCAGUGUCCCAUGUGUAAAAAUGUGUUCUACACAAAAACUGAACUGCAAAUCAACACUUUCAUCUCUGACAUGGUUUCUCAGUUCAGACUUGAAACUCAGCAGAAAUCCACCACCAGCAGUUCAGAGCAACAAGCUGCCAAACCAGGAGAAGUUCCCUGUGACAUCUGCACUGGAAUCAAAAUGAAGGCCCUGAAGUCCUGCCUGGUGUGUCUGGCCUCCUACUGUCAGACUCACCUGGAGUCUCAUCUGACAAUGAAAGGUCUGAAAAGACAUCAGCUGAUCGAUCCUGAGGAGAACCUGGAAGGCAGGAUGUGUAUGAAGCAUGAUAAACCUCUGGAGCUGUUCUGUAAGACCGAUCAGACAUGUGUCUGCAUGCUCUGCUCUGUCAUAGACCACAGGACUCAUGAGUCUGUUCCUCUGAGAGAAGAAUAUGAAGUAAAGAAGGCAGACCUGUGGAAGACUGAGGCUGAAAUUCAACAAAUGAUCACAAACAGACUACUGAAGAUUCGAAAGAUCAAAAAGUCAGUGAAAAUGAGUAAAGAUGCUGUUGACAGAGAGAAAGCAAAAGGUGUUCGGGUCUUUACUGCUCUGAGCAAGAGUCUCAGGAGACGUCUGAGCAAGCUCAUAAAGGAGAUUGAAGACAAACAGGAAACAACAGAGAAACAGGCUGAAGGUUUCAUCAAAGAUCUGGAACAGGAAAUCUCUGAGCUGAUGAAGAGAAGCUCUGAGGUGGAACAGCUCUCAUGCUUUAAAGAUCACCUCCACCUCCUCCAAAGCUUCUCCUCUCUGAAAGCUGCUCCAACCACCAAGGACUGCACAGAGGUCAGUAUCCAUCCACCAUCAUAUGAGGGGACUGUGGUGAGAGUUGUGGAUCAGCUGAAGGAGACACUCAGUAAAGACAUGAAGAAGCUUUUUGAGGCUGAGCUGAAGAGGGUCCAGCAGUAUGCAGUGGAUGUGACUCUUGAUCCUGAUACAGCACAUCCUAAACUCAUCCUGUCUGAUGAUGGAAAACAAGUACACUGUGGUGAUAAGAAGAAGAAAUGUCCAGACAACCCAGAGAGAUUUUCUAAAGAGAUUGUUGUUUCAGGAAAGCAGAGUGUCUCUUCAGGCAGAUUUUACUUUGAAGUUCUGGUUAAAGGAAAGACCGAAUGGGCUUUAGGAGUGGUCAGAGAGUCAGUCAACAGGAAGAAAAAAAUCACACCGAGUCCUGAGAAAGGUUACUGGACUAUAGGAGCAUAUGAAAACAUUUGUGCAGCUUUUGAGGAUCCUGAAGUCCGUCUCCCGCUUCAGUCUGGUUCUGAGAAGGUGGGGGUGUUUGUGGAUUAUGAGGAAGGUCUGGUCUCCUUUUAUGAUGUAGAUCAUGCAGCUCUUAUCUACUCCUUUACUGGCUGCUCCUUCACUGAGAAACUCUACCCAUUCUUCUGUCCUGGUGUUAAUGAUGAUGAUAACUCUGCACCUCUGAUCAUCUUUCCUGUCAAUCAGUCAGUCCGAUCUUUCUCCAUGAGGAAAUCGGAUCACAAUCAGGUUAAUCUCAUCAUUUAAGCCAACAUAGAGAAGAAGUCCUAAAAAUAGAACUGAGCAAACUUCACCUGCUGAUGGAGACCAGGUUAUAUGGUUAGACUUUACAGAACAAGCUAAUAAGCUGACCUGUAUUUUUUUUAACUGCUUACACUGUUUACCCAAGAAGUCCAAUCUGUCUCUCUCUCAAACUCUCCUUUUCUCUUCCUUCAGUGUUUAAAGACAAAUAUCCUGAUUGUUAAUUUUUGCUUAAAUCACCUGCAGUACUUAGAAACGUGCAGACAUAAAUUUAAAAGAAGUUAUGGGGCCAGCUGCAGACACGAUAACUGGCACCUGAUAUCAGUCAUGACCACUUCUUAGCAGUUCCUGCAAUACAAGCAGCUUCUCUCCACUAGUUGUAACCAGUCAAAUAGAUGCACGUUCUCAUAUAAAACUCUGUGAAGUGCUAAGAAACGUUACUCUCUUUUGGGAAGUUGGCCGCAACUGAUUGCUCACAGAGUGUAGCUUCCUGAACACAAGGGGGUCCAUGUACAUGUUCAUAUCUGAUCACCCAACUUUUUAUGUGACAUUUAUAAGAACAAGAUUUCUUUUUAUGCAGCACUGUUUAGGCUCAAAUCAAGGUUGACGUUUGAAUUCUUGUAGUGACAUGAAAUAAUUUCCCUUGAAGUCAAAGUAACCAAAAGGGGGCUGGUGACACAGGACACCUGUUAAAGGCUUGCUGUUGCCAGCCUGUGGAGCAGGAGCCACCUCCUCAAGGCCAGAACCGGCUGACUCUCCGGACCCUUCUGUGGUCGCUCCACCGGAUUGGUUGGCCAAGCUGAUGGGUGUUUCUCAGCCUGUGGCACAGCAACAUCAAGGCUCACUGGCUGGUGGCAGCGGACCCACUGCUGCGUUCCUGCUGGGAGCCCCCCACAAACCACUUAAAGACAAUCAGAUUCAGAAGCCCUUCCACUUUGUGUGACUGUAGCCAUCUGCCACUGCAUCACUCAACCACCUGGCGUAUGUAAUGUGGUUAUCCUCCAAGCCCAUUCAGCCCUCCUUGAAGCGUCAGUAUUAGUCCUUGGGCACAAAGUCCGGGUGGUCCGUUAUCGCCCGGUUGACGUCCUCAAGAUGGGCCAUCACCACUUUGGGCAGGUUGAGGUCGGUUGCCUGGGCUAGCCCCAACAGCAGAAGCAUCCAUCUGGUGAAGCAUCAUCACCACUGUAGCUGGGUGAAGCAGCUUAUCUGGUGCUCAGCCUGGUCCCAUAGCCAGUUGAACUGAUCUUGAUGCACCACCCCCAGCUCCCGGAGCAUGGCGGCUAGCUCCACCAGCAUCGUAGCCAGAACUUCUACCGGCUGCACUGGUCGCGGAUCUGUCAUCCUACAACUGAGUUUUAGGCACCAUUGUGACACAAAGUCCCCGACACAUACACAUUGUUACAGGGCUGAUGACAUUUAUUUACAGCAUUCUCUUGUUCAGGUUGCUUUGUGCAGCUUUCUAGCUGACUUAUUUCUGGCACAGCCCUCCCUUCGGUCGCAGCUGGCUACUGAAAUAGCAAGUGCAAGAUUAACCAAACAGCCCUGGUUGCUCUGCCAGCCUCCUGGCACUGCGCUGAGUCCACUGCACCAUCCGUCUGUCCACACUCCCACCACAAAGCUGAUAGAACUAUGAAAAUGCUUGAAAAUUGUCUUACUGAUGGUCAGCAGAGAAAGCUCCACGGCGUGGCAUUCUGUAAUUCAUCCAAUAUUUCGAUAAAAUUGAUCGCUAUUCCUUUUAGAGUGAAAAUGUUUGGAAAGAUUUUGAUAUUUCUAGAUCUCAAAGAGCAGUCUGAAUCACGAUGACAUAAAAAUACUGUAGUUUUAAACUGUAAUGAACAUCUAAUGGCAGCACACUAAGAUGUGUAAAAACUAAGAUAUACUGUUCAUCUGAUGAUAUCUCGGGUUGUCCUUCAUCUGUUUUGUGACAUGACUGAUCUUUAAGACUUUCUACUAUUUCAAGGAAGAUAAAUAAA